GAGGUAUAAUGACAACAUUUCAGCAAAUACGCAAUGAAUGUGCUGAUGAAUUAUCAACCGCGCGCACACAAAAAACGAUGGUUUCAUGUUUCUGUCAACACGUCUUUUUCAGAUGCACACUUUCAUUGAAUCCUAAGAACAAACCAGGGUUAUCAUUGCUGAUCCAGGAUGUAACAUAAAACUAACUGUUAAACAUAAAUCAAACUCAGACUCAAACACCCUGUACCAACAGACGGCUCAUAUUUGGGGAUACUUUUUGGGGGAUCACAGCCUUUGCUCAACAAGAAGCUUCUGUCCGUACUCCUGUCUACGUUACAGUCCCGCAAACUGGUAAGGAACCUCACCUUACUGACCAGGUGAGAGAAUGGAACCAGGCUGCACCUUGCCUGAGGCCCCCCCUUACCAGCCCUUGCCUGAUGGGCUCGAUGAUAUAAUUGCCCUGGAAAUCACUGAGGUGUCCCCCGACUUGGUGGUGCUUCAGCUAAAGGAGGACACUCCGGAAGGGUGUGGAGUGGAAGCAUACAGAGAUGAUGGAGAUGGUGGGGAACAAGGUCCCGUGUUCAUUUGGGAGGCUAUGCAGAGGGACGACUACAGCACCCAAUGGAGGCCCCCUGGGGCCACCCCAGUACAAAGUCUGACCGACGGACAGAUCGGAGAGUACUGCGGAAUGACUGUUAACAGCGUGGCUGAGGAGAUGUACGCAACAUACACCAUUCCAGAGACCUGUUUUGGAAAUCUGGAGCUUCAGUUCUACCCAUGUGACAUCUGUGAGGCCUCUUUCACAGAUGAGCAAGAGCUUGAAAGACAUGUGAGUGAUUCCCAUUUCAUAAGUGGGGCCAAGAGGAAUGAACUGAGAGGAAAGGCUCCAAGCCUCAUAUGCAAGGAGGGUGGUGCACCAGGACAGACGCCGCCAUUUGGUCUGGGUCUCUCACAGCCUAAAGUGCCCAUGAGGAAGACUCAAUCCCCCCCUCUGCAAUGUGUGGUUUGUGGGAGGACUUUCAAGCAGCUAAAAUGCCUUCAAAGACACAUGUGGUAUCACACAUGGAGGCAGGGUCCCAGUAAUAGUGUAUCAGAUGAGAAGCAACAGCCUGUGACAACAGGGACUCAAAAUCCUUGUCCUAAGUGUGGGAGGACAUUCAAGGAGCGCAAAAUGCUAGACAGACAUCGACGGAUUUACCAUCACAACCAGACAGUGGUCCUUCACAGGGGCCGCCAUCAUCCUGACCUGCUAAAAAAUGUGAGCCCCCUGAGGUGCUGUGAGUGUGAUCGACACUUUGGCACCAAAGAGACCUUCUAUAAACACCAGUGCUUUCACCUCCGCAAGCAGCUGAGAGCUUUCAAUGCAUCAGGGAGGAAGAGCCAUGGAGUGAAUUUCUAUCAUUGUCAGCUCUGUGCACUUCCAUUCACUGGGGGGCUGGAGUUUGAGCACCACAUCAAAGUUACCCACCCUGAACAGUACAGGAAGGCUACCAGAAGGAUAUUUUCAGCUGGAAUGACCAGGAGUAAGAGAUCUCAAGCGUUAAAACACAGAGACAAGACUGUCAGCCUGGAAAAUGCUGAAGUUGGGUUCCCCCCACAGACUGCUGACCCAGAUGAAAUACCAGCUAUCACAGAACAGCAAGAUUCUGAGCCUGUGCAGUUGUCAUAUCCCUGCCCUGAAUGUGGGAAAUCGUUCCAUAUGCAAGCAUUGCUCAAUAGGCACCAGAAAAUGUACCACAUUAAAGCUGAGACAAGGUUGCAUAACGGUAACAACAGUUAUGCCCAUCAUAAGUGCCCAAAGUGUGAGAAGACCUUCCGGACAAGAAGGAUGCUACAAAAGCACAAGUGGAUGCAUCACAAAAAAAAGGACUUAACGUGCUGCGAGUGCAGACGAUGCUUUGGUGCAGCAGAGACCUUCUAUAAACACAAGUGCUUUCACCUCCGCAAGCAGCUGAGAGCUUUCAAUGCAUCAGGGAGGAAGAGCCAUGGAGUGAAUUUCUAUCAUUGUCAGCUCUGUGCAAUUCCAUUCACUGGGGGCCUGGAGUUUGAGCACCACAUCAAAAUUACCCACCCUGAACAGUACAGGAAGGCUACCAGAAGAAUAUUUUCAGCUGGAAUGACCAGGAGUAAGAGAUCUCGAGCUUUAAACCACAGAGACAAGACUGUCAGCCUGGAAGGUGCUGAAGCUGGGUUCCCCCCACAGACUGCUGACCCAGAUGAAAUACCAGCUAUCACAGAACAGCAAGAUUCUGAGCCUGUGCAGUUGUCAUAUCCCUGCCCUGAAUGUGGGAAAUCGUUCCAUAUGCAAGCAUUGCUCAAUAGGCACCAGAAAAUGUACCACAUUAAAGCUGAGACAAGGUUGCAUAAUGGUAACAACAGUUAUGCCCAUCAUAAGUGCACCAAGUGUGAGAAGACCUUCCGGACAAGAAGGAUGCUGGAAAAGCACAAGCAGAUGCAUCACAAAAAAAAGGCCUUAACUACCAGAGUGAAAUCCGAGGUUGAAGACAAAUGUUCACAGACUGGUGACACUAGAGGCUCAUGCAGUGUAGCAACCAACACAGAAGAGCAAGGAUCUGGAACAUCAGACCUUCUACAUCAAUGCGGUGAGUGUGGCAGAAUAUUCCAGGUGCGCAAGAUGCUGGACAAACACCAGCGGAUUUACCACCGAGACCAUUCUGCGGUUCUUCGCAGGAGCCGCAGUCACCCUACCGUGAGCCUCCUGAGGUGCUGUGAAUGUGAUCGACACUUUAGCACCACAGAGUCCUUCCAUAGACACCAGUGCUUUCAUCUCCGCAAGCAGCUUAGAGCUUUCAAUGCAUCAGGGAGGAAGAGCAAGGGAGUGAAUUUCUUCCACUGUCAACUCUGUACACUGCAGUUCACUGAAGGACUAAAAUUUGAGCUUCAUGUCAGAGUUACCCAUCCUGAACAGUACAAGAAGGCUGCUAGAACCAGAUGUUCAGCUGGAACGACCACAAAAACAGGAGAAUCCGGAGAUGGAAAUAAUGGAAAGACCUAUAGCAAACCAAUCAGUGUUGCAAAAGCACAUGUCAAAAUUACCAGAGUGAAAUCCGAGAUUCAAGACAAAUGUGCACAGACUGGUGACAUGGGAGGCUCAUGCAGUGUAGCCACCAACAUAGAGGAGCGAGGAUCUGGAACAUCAGACCUUCUACAUCAAUGCGGUGAGUGUGGCAGAAUAUUCAAGGUGCGCAAGAUGCUGGACAAACACCAGCGGAUUUACCACCGAGACCAUUCUGCGGUUCUUCGCAGGAGCCGCAGUCACCCUACCGUGAGCCUCCUGAGGUGCUGUGAAUGUGAUCGACACUUUAGCACCACAGAGUCCUUCCAUAGACACCAGUGCUUUCAUCUCCGCAAGCAGCUUAGAGCUUUCAAUGCAUCAGGGAGGAAGAGCAAGGGAGUGAAUUUCUUCCACUGUCAACUCUGUACACUGCAGUUCACUGAAGGACUGAAAUUUGAGCUUCAUGUCAAAGUUACCCAUCCUGAACAGUACAAGAAGGCUGCUAGAACCAGAUGUUCAGCUGGAAAGACCACAAACACAGGAGAAUCCAGAGAUGGAAAUAAUGGAAAGACUUAUAGCAAACCACCCAGUGUUGCAAAAGCACAUGUCAAAAUUACCAGAGUGAAAUCCGAGGUUGAAGACAAAUGUGCACAGACUGGUGUCACUAGAGGCUCAUGCAGUGUAGCAACCAACAUAGAGGAGCGAGGAUCUGGAACAUCAGACCUUCUACAUCAAUGCAGUAAGUGUGGCAGAAUAUUCCAGGUGCGCAAGAUGCUGGACAAACACCAGCGGAUUUACCACAGAGACCAAUCAGCGGUCCUUCGCAGGAGCCGCAGUCACCCUACCGUGAGCCUCCUGAGGUGCUGUGAAUGUGAUCGACACUUUAGCACCACAGAGUCCUUCCAUAGACACCAGUGCUUUCAUCUCCGCAAGCAGCUGCGAGCUUUCAAUGCAUCAGGGAGGAAGAGCAAGGGAGUGAAUUUCUUCCACUGUCAACUCUGUACACUGCAGUUCACUGAAGGACUGAAAUUUGAGCUUCAUGUCAAAGUUACCCAUCCUGAACAGUACAAGAAGGCUGCUAGAACCAGAUGUUCAGCUGGAAAGACCACAAAAACAGGAGAAUCCGGAGUUGUACAUAAUAUAAAGACCUAUAGCAAACCACCCAGUGUUGCAAAAGCACAUGUCAAAAUUACCAGAGUGAAAUCUGAGGUUGAAGACAAAUGUGCACAGACUGGUACCACUAGAGACUCAUGCAGUGUAACAGCUAAUAUAGAGGAGCAAGGAUCUGGAACAUCAGACCUUCUACAUCAAUGCGGUGAGUGUGGCAGAAUAUUCAAGGUGCGCAAGAUGCUGGACAAACACCAGCGGAUUUACCACCGAGACCAUUCUGCGGUUCUUCGCAGGAGCCGCAGUCACCCUACCGUGAGCCUCCUGAGGUGCUGUGAAUGUGAUCGACACUUUAGCACCACAGAGUCCUUCCAUAGACACCAGUGCUUUCAUCUCCGCAAGCAGCUGCGAGCUUUCAAUGCAUCAGGGAGGAAAAGUAAGGGAGUGAAUUUCUUCCACUGUCAGCUCUGUACACUGCAGUUCACUAAAGGGCUGAAAUUUGAGCUUCAUGUCAAAGUUACCCACCCUGAACAGUACAAGAAAGCUGCCAGAAACAAAUGUUCAGAUGGAACGACCACAAAAAGGUGAGAAUCUGGAGUUGGAAAUAAUAGAUGAAAUCCAAAGUUGGAGACAAAUCUGCACAGACUGGUGACACUAGUAGCUCAGACAGUGUAGCAACCAUCACAGAGGAGCUAAAAUCUGGAGCAUUAGGCCCUCUAUAUUAAUUCCAUAAAUAUGGUAGGUGAUUCAAGGUAUGCAAAAUAUUAGACAGACACCUGAAGCUUUACCUCCAUGACCAAAUGGCAGCUCUUCAGGGGGGCUAUGGUCAACCUGCCAUGAGACUCCUGAGGUGCUGCGAAUGUGAUCGACACUUUAGCACCACAGAGACUAUAGACACAUUUCUAUAGACACCAGUGCUUUCAAUGCAUUGGGGAGGAAGAGCAAGGGAGUGCAUUUCUUUCAUUUUCAGCUCUGCACGUGGCUGCUUCCUGAAGGGCUGGAGUUUGAACUUCACGUCAAAGUUACCCACCCUGAACACCCUGUACAAGAAGGCCGCCAGAGCGAAAUGUUGACUUGGAGAUAAGCUUUUAAAGACAGAAGAAAAUAGACAAGGAGAGCUGUGCACAGACUAGAUGGAUGGGUGUGGGACAGAAACAUCAGCAGGUGGUAGUGCAGGGUCAGAUUCAGUCAGGUCCAGUGGGAGAAAAUAUAACAUGACAGAAAGACUGCUUCCCUGCAGUGACUAUGGGGAAUGUUUCAGGAGGCAUCAUAAUUUGAGGAGACAGCAGGAUUCCCACACGAGAAUAGCCAAACUGUAGGACUGCACAGAAUGUGACAGGGACUUCAGCUGCCUAAAGCACCUCAUACAACACCAGUAUGUGCACGCUAGAGACCCCUUUUUCACCUGCAAGGUCUGUGGCCAGCGUUUUCAUGAUCCUGGCCAGCUGAGGAGCCACCAUAAGCUGCACUCAGAGUGGGCAAUGUAUGGCUACAGCUGCUGUGAGCAGAAAUUUGGGCCGGCUGGAGACCUGCACAUGCACCGUGAGGGGUCCCAUUUGGGGCAGGACAAGUUAGGCUACAGUGCAUGCAAGAAGACCUACUAUAAAAUACAGGUCCUUUGGAAGUACCAGCUGACACACUCAAAACAAUGAGCAUUUCUGUGUGGCUUUGGCUGAUGUGAGCACCUGCAGCAGCAUGAGAAGCUCCGCAUGUGUGAGCACCAGCACUAUGGGAACACCAGCAAAUCCACAAAAAGAGAGGCAAGAGAAGCCACGAGGGCUAACUGUUGCAGAGGGCAGACCCAGAAAGCAUUUUGACGUCAGGGGAUCCUGUAGGCAUGUAGCGGAUAGAACAUAGGGACCCCUUAAAUGUAGCAGCUGCGGCAAACACACUUCAAAGACUGCUACAAAGAAAAAGGGACACACGGACACACACACACUUGGACCUUCAGACAUAUCAGUGUGGCAGUAACCAGAGCAACUUAGGAGACGUACCCUAGGUGUGCCCUACAAUGUAUCCAGUAAUAGGUCCAUUGGGUCUUUCAACCCACCACAAAGGACACAAGGUCCAGGUCUGGCCCAGUUUGACCCAAGCCUGUUUUUUGGUCAACUCCAUCACUGUACACCUUACAACUCAGUAAUAUGAAUAGGCUUGAAAUAAGGGAAAAUCCACCAUGAGGUGUUCGGUUAUAUGAUUUUAAUUCAUGAUGUGAAGGCAAAGACCCAAUCAACAUGAAGCGGAGGGUCGUUCUGCACACCUUAGAGAGGAUUAUCCCAUUUAUACCAUAGUCACUUGCCAAAACAUUUAAACAAGUGCAUUCACUUAUUUUCUUGGAUGUUUUUGCAUUCAAAAUGAUAAGUUAUUAAGCAAGAGAGGUACCAUUUCCCUGGCAACACAUGAGAAUCAGAUUAAUAUCUGAUUAUGCCGUCCCAUAAUACACAAGUUUACAUAGCAGUGGAAAUGCUUCACAAUUCGGGCACAUAGCCCAAACCGUAGAUAUGACCUAGCAACCAGACACUCCUUCUAGUUCGUCUUGUUCUAGUCAAGUAGUUCUAGUCAUUAUGCUAGGUUCCUGUCAUUUGCGUAACUUUGUAUUAAAAUUAAGUUUGAUCUUGGGUCACAAUGGUCUCACAGUAUUUUUUUAUACCAUGGAUAGCUAGCUAGCCAUCUACUCUAUUUCCUUCAAAACUGCAACUAAACUGUCUUGGCAAAUUUAUUGCAAUGCUGUCUUCAUUCAACUGAGCACCAACGAUGAUGUGAUGUGCUGGAGCAUAGCCUAACAACAUAGCACAACAUACUCUGUGAAAAUAAAUUUUGCACAUAUAUACACAAACCUGCUUAGCUAGCUCAGUGUAGAUGAAACUAAGAUAUUUGAUGCAAAAAAAUGUUCUCUGGAAUACAUUUCAGCCUCUGAAAUCACAAUGUGAUGUUGAUUUUUUAAGCUACCUGCCACAUUUAGAAUGCAAAUCAGACUGUUUGUCUGGAAAUACUUGCCAUGUGUGCUUAUCAGUUUUUAACACAUGCUUUCCACCUAAUCAGAAUCAAGUAGUCACACAGCCCAUGGUGUACCCAUCUAGUAUUGAGUGGAAAUUUGUGCAGGGCUAAGGUUUCCAGAAGUUUUAUAUAUAGAUUCUUCAGAUCAUAGAUUUGAUUGAGCAAUAACCACAGUAUUACGCAACAGAGAAUCCGGGGAGUAUUUCAAAUACUGCUGUACCUAUGAGCCACUGAGCCUGUUACUAUGGUGAUAGCUUGGGCCAGAGACUUUGGAAUGAAAGGAAUCUAGGCUGUGUCCAAAUCAGUCCGCCUGCCUACUGUUGAGUAUAGUUGUUCAGUACACUGAAUGAGAAGUAGGGGAAAUUUUCACUUAAUGAAGUGUACUUAAAAUUGAAGGAUGAUUUACUUAUUUUUGGGGUUUCGAUUAGUAUAUUCAGGAGCAUAGUUUUCAGGAAGUAAACAUCAAUUUGUUACCAUAAAUUUGAUGCUCAGUUUCACAUUAAAUAUGAGGCACAGGUUCGCUGACGUUUUUCUUCAACAAUGACAUACAAGGGUGUAAUGUUGUACGACACUACUUUUUGCCUCCUGUGUAUGGAGUAGUAGAUAGUUUAUACAUUGUGGACACAGUAGAUAGGAGGCUAAUUCAGACACAGUGUAGGUAGCAUCCUUGUUGUCUAGUCCAACUAACUUUACCUCGACAAAAUGGCGGACCUACAGAAAAUUGAGCUCUGUGACUGGAUGAUUCCUAAUGCAAUGCUCUUUGGGACCGGUAGUGUUUAUACCUUCUACAAUUAUGUACAGUCUUCUACUCCUCCCUUUUUUCAAUGAAUCUAAAAUUUUCACGCUAUUGUUAAUUUUUUCAGUUGAUGAUUCAGCAAAGAGUUUCAUGCCCAUCCCGGGUUGGGAAAUGCCCAACCGGUAGCCUAUCAUUAGCUGUUUGUAGACCCAAGGUGACAACAAGUGACAAUGUUGUUUGCUGUCACAGUGGGGCCAAGUGACAGCCAAUGUCGAAUAGGUGACGUCAAUGAUAAAAUGAGUCAUUGUUAAAGUGACACCCAGCGCAGCAAUGACAGUCAGUGUUUAAGGUGACCGUCAAUGUUAAAAUGGUAUGUAAUGUCAAGGUAACCAUACUGUUAACUGUUCAGUGUCACCUAUAAUGUCACUGUAAUGUCUGUAAAAAUUACAGACAAUAAAAUGUCAGGUGUUUAAUCAAAGUGACUGGUAUUGUUAUUAAAAUUAUAUUAUCAUUCA